AUGGCAACAUCUUUGGAGGAGCUUCUUGCAAAGGAAGGUUUUAGAGGAGGAAGUUCAGCGACAAGGGAAAGACCUUCCUUCAAAGCAGAAGCUGCAAGUAUGCCUCGUUGCCCUUUUGGAGACCAGGGCAAAAGAGACUCCCGGUCUGGUUCUUCUAUCCGUAGAGUUAAGACUGAAAGGACAAGAUCUGAUGUUACUACGUAUACUUUGAGAGGUGAAUCACCAGGAAGUAAUGGUAGUUUGAGUAGGAGACCGAGGGAUGAUCUGGUUAGAAGAGAAAAAAUAGAUUCAAGAUUGAAGACAGAACAUCGCCGCAGAGACUCGAAAUAUGUGCAAGAAGAUAAGACAGUGAAGGUUGAAACGUUGGAAGAUGUCAAGGGGAGUGAGAUAGUUGAGGUUGGCGUGGAAGAAAAUGAGAGAUAUAAGGAUAUAUACUCUGAUAAAGCCUAUCAUUCAGAGAGAAAGGAAAGAUCAUCGAAAGGUAAUGGGAGCACGGAGAGGUACAGAGAGAGGAAAGGAAAGCAAAAGAAAGUAUGUGAGAGAGGUUGCAGCAUUUCUAAUGAAAAUUUGCUAAAACACGCAGGAUUUGGCAAUAACAACAGGAAAAGUGUGGACCGGUUUGAAGCAGCUUAUGAAAGUGUUGAUCAGCCUGAGGCAGCUUAUGAAAGUUCGGUUAGAGGCUCAAAGAAAGCCAAAGGCUUUGCAGAUGAUCAGAAACCAAAGAAUGAGAAAAGUGCAUCAGCAGUUCCUGAAAUUGCUCUUGAUGAAGCUGCCGUUAAAGCCGUAAUCUCCAUCUUAAAUGGUUAUAUCAAGCGUUUUGUCAAAGACCCAGAAUUCCGGACCACGCUUCGUUACAAUUGUUUCUCUUCACUUGCUUUUAUUGAAAAAGAAGGAGGGGACAGUGUAGAGAUGAUGGCCAAGGUCAAUCUUGAACAAGCUAUUGCAAAAGUGGAAAAUGCUGCCGAGGCUGCUGCAAGGUCAAAAGAUUUGAAAACAGCUGCCUUGCAACUUAGUGUCAUCACAGGUUUGAACUCACAUGAUCUGAAAGAUGAAUAUACAUCAGGAACUCCAAAUUCUAGGUUGUCGGCUUGUGCUCAUAUCUAUCUCAGUGUGAUAUAUAAGCUACAAAAGAAGGAUAAGGCUUCAGCUAAGCGUCUGUUGCAAGUUUUUUGCGACUCUCCUUUUCUGGCAAGAACACUUUUGUUGUCUGAACUGUGGGACUAUCUAUUCUUCCCUCAUCUUUCACAUUUGAGUGCUUGGUACAAACAAGAGGCAGAUGCUUUAUUCAAUACGCCAAGCAAGAUUACCAAACUUAAGUUUCUUGAUAAAGUUUAUAAUGAAAUUCUGGAUUCUUGCACUUAUCAAUUUGCAGUUUACUACAAGGAUUGGCUCACAGAGGGGGCUGAAGCUCCUUCUAUUCCUUCUGUUGAAAUCCCUUUCGUGUCAAGUUUGCAAGAUCAUUCUUCAGGACCAGCUAGUCCAUCUGCUCCUUUCUCACCCCAGCCAAUGGUGAGUAAGAAAUUAUAUGAUGCUGUAUUCAGACGUUCAAGUAAACCUAGAGUUUAUGAGGCUGAAGACAAUGGGAAGGAAGAUAACUUCAAUAAUACUGCAAGUAGCUCUGGUUCUUCUCCUAUCGAAGUCAAACAAACAUUGACAAGCUCUUCCAAAAUGGUUACAUAUCCUGGUCAAGAUAUAGAAAACCAUUCCCCUGAGAACGUACAAGAUGAUGCAUGCAUUCCUGAUAACCGGCUCUUAACAGCAUCUAACACAGAAUGGGAGUUGGUUGAAGUGAGUGUUUCACCAGACACAGAUUGUAAUGAUGACAUUUGCAACUCUAGUGCAUGGCAAGAAUCUGCAGGAGAUCUUCAUAUGCUAAAUUCAUCAUCACAUACAACAGCAAAUGAGCUAACCCUCAAGACCCUAGCAAAAUCUGUUUUCGAACUACAUCGAACUGAGGAUUCCGGUGAUCUCACUGUUUCAGACCUUUCACAUUCCAAAAAGGCAAUCAAUGGAAGCGCUUCUAAUGAAGGGUUAAAUGGAAGUCAUGAAUAUUUUGACGAAGGAUCCAUUUUUGAUAGCAUUCCACAGGACUUUGUUUGCCCUCUCACCGGACAGUUGUUUGAGGAUCCAGUGACCCUGGAAACUGGUCAAACCUUUGAGGGACAAGCCAUCAAGGAAUGGUUUGAUCAGGGAAACAAAACAUGUCCAGUAACAGGAAAAACUUUAGCAUGUCCAACUGUGCCGCUUACAAACUUUAUUUUGAAGCGUGUCAUCGAUAGUUGGAAGUUGGAGCUUUGUAAUAAUCUAUUGGCUUUGGCAUCUCAAAUAGUCAGGAAUUCUGAGGCAUAUGAGUCAAGACAAAGAGAUGAAGAGGGUUUGUUCAUAAUUGAGAAGCUUCUUACUUCUUUCGGUAGAGAUGAAAGGUUAACAAAUGCCAAACACCUCAUUUCUCUUGGAGUCCUAGAAUUUCUUCUUAAAAGGUUUGAAUUUGGUAAGUUGGAAGAGAAAUCACUUGUUGCAGCUCUCUUAUCAUGUUGUAUUGAGGCAGACUCAAGUUGCAGAAACCACAUAGCUGGAAAAAUCGAUAAACAAAAUCUCUUCGAGUUACUCCACAGCAAGCAAUCUAAGUGUACAAGAAAUGCUGUGGGUUUGCUGAUUGAGUUUGUUUGUCUGAGCAGGAGGAAAGAGGUUACACAAUUUGUCAGUGGCUUACCUAGUGAGAAAAUAGCAAAUGCGAUGGACAUUUUACUUCUGCAUCUUCAGAGUUCUCCAGCUGAAGAAAGACCCUUGGUCGCUGUGUUGAUUUUACAAUUGGAUCUUCUGGUCGAACCUCAGAAAUACAGCAUCUACAGAAAGGAAGCCGUUGAUGCCAUUGCAGUGGCCCUGGAAAGCAGCCUAACUGAUGAGAAGGUCCGGGAAAAGUCUUGCAGAGCACUUAUUAUUUUGGGGGGACCUUUUUCUGCUCCCAGAGACUUACAAACAGAAAGUUGGAUCCUAAAGAAAGCAGGAUUUGAUAAAAAUCAUGAGGUAAAUUCUCGAGAAGAUAAUUUACUCCUCGAUGAAUAUCUGCUGUCGUUGGAAGAUGAAGAAGAGUCCAAGGAAGACUGGUUGAUGAGCUUGUCAGAAUCAUUACUUGCGAAUGGCAAAAUGUCAAUUUUAGAGACCAUAUCAAAGUGCUUAAGUUCAAGACUCUUGGAUUUAAAGAGGGCAUGCCUAACCACCAUAGCAUGGUUAAGCUUUGGAAUCUCUUCAUUACCGGAUGCCGAGCUUCAGCUCUUUGGCUUCCCCACUCUCAUCUCUGGACUCACGGAAAUCUUGGAAGAUGAUGAUCAAAUUGAGCACCAAGCUCUUGCUUCACUGUCCUUGCUCAAUCUCAGUAAAAAUCCAGAAUGCAGGAGUUUGCUGCUGACAAUUGCAGAAGAACUUUCUGCCCCAUUGCAAAGCCUUGCUGAAGUAAUAUCGACAGCAAAAGAGCUGCAUGCCAUCAUUUCUGGAGAAGAUCCUUAG